AUGUCAAGUAUGCUUCCUAACGUCUUAUCAUCCUCGACAUCCAAUACAUCAGUAGCGGAUGAACUGAGCUCAUCGAAUGAGACAUACGUUACUAAACGUGGAGCUAAAUUGAACUUGGAGAGUAUCGGUCCUAAACCAACUAAGAAGGUAGCGUUGAUUUGCUGUAUGGAUGCAAGAAUCGACGCAUUCUCAGCAUUCGGAUUCAAAGAAGGUGAAUCCCACGUAAUUAGGAAUGGAGGCGGUAGGGCUUCAGAUAGUAUUAGAAGUUUGGUUAUCAGUCAACAACAAUUGGGUACAGAUGAAAUAAUCAUCAUGCAUCAUACGGACUGUGGAUUCUUCACGUUUACAGAGGAUAAAUUCCGCCAAACAUUGAAGUCCAAUGGAUAUCCAGGACCCGAUGUUGAUUUGAUGUCAUUCAUGCCCAUGUCGGCUGAUGACAUCGAUGAAUCAGUCAAAGAAGAUGUAGAGUACCUGAAAAAUCACGCUCUCAUCAAGAAAGAUAGUAAGAUCAGUGGAUGGGUGAAUGAUUUGAAAGAUGGUAGUGUUCGAAGAGUUGUUUAA